CAACGUCAGUUGGUAAACAACCUUUUUUAAUUAAAAUUAUUUUUAGCGAUUACGAUUAUGCUGCGGUUGGUUGAAUAAACACUUAUAUAUAAGGCAUUUCCUUGAGUCAAUCUUCAUAUUCUGCAUAGAAAGAGCAGCGUGUAAAUUUCAAGAGACGAAAACAACAAUAUGAAUCACGUUUUCAGCAUAAUCUUUUUUACUUUCUCGAUGUGUAUCACGCAUUCGUUUGCACAGCCGCCACGGAAAGAAGUGGCAUGUCCAUCGUGUUUCCAUCUUGAAUUCGAAAUCCGCAACCUUCCAAGGUUUAUCAAGAUAUUUGUCGAAUCCAUGCUGUCAGGACUCAAAUUGUCCAAUCCGAACUGCGCAAGCAAUAAAGUGGCACCUAAAGCCUGCCCGAAGCCUCUAAUCCCAGGUCUUAUGGAAAACAAGUGCCAGACAGCAACUAUAAAUCUAAAAGCCGUCGGAAUAAAACCCAUUUUUCCAGAUGCGGAACUAGAUGUUGGUGUUACAAUCCGAACAUGUGAAUCUGGAUGGUCAGGAACUGUGGAUAAAUGUAUGAAACUAAGCGAAGUUGAUGCUGCAACUAAAGCAGAGAUUACUAAGAAGCUUAAAAGGGUGGAAACUCAGUGGAACAGCGUCACCUACACCGGAAACGUUUGCAUCAAAACACCUUAAACACAGGAAUUUUGAACUCCAUUACCUACGUGUUAUUCCUGUUUUAAACUCUCGUUUCAUACUGAACCAGAUCUUUUAUAUGAUAUUGAUACCUUUUGUUUCAGAGAUUUUUACCCUUUAUUUAUAUAGAAAUCCACGUAAAACUGUUUUUAUUUGUAUUAUUAUGACAUGGUAAAUAUCAUCUUUUCAAAAAGGCAUAAUUGUUUCAGGGAGUUUGCGCAUGUUCGUGUUUCUUAAUGUAUAGCCAGUGUGAUACUAUCUUUUGAAUAAAAUAAACUUCUUUUCAAAAG